AUGACAACAAACGAACUCAGAACCAACGAUUUUGAUUUUAUCAUUGUUGGGGGAGGAACGGCGGGCUGCGUUGUUGCUAGCAGGCUGACUGAGUAUCUCCCCAACAAGAAAGUCCUCCUCAUUGAAGGCGGCCCGUCUGACUACGAAGAUGAUCGAGUUUUGCUCCUCAAGGACUGGCUCAAGAUGCUUGGUGGAGACAUGGACUAUGACUAUGGUACCACCGAGCAACCACGCGGCAACUCUCAUAUUCGGCAUUCGCGAGCCAAAGUUCUCGGUGGCUGUUCUUCGCAUAACACCUUGAUCUCGUUCCGCCCCUUUGAGUAUGAUUGCGACCGAUGGGUUGCUAGAGGAGCUAUUGGCUGGGACUUCAAGACUUUCACGCGUGUUUUGGACAAUCUUAGGAAUACUAUCCAGCCAGUAUCUCACCACCAUCAGAACCAGAUUAACAAAGAUUGGCUCGAAGCUUCAUCCAAGGCAUUCAAUAUUCCUAUUGUUCCGGACUUCAACAAAGAAAUUGUUCGAGAUGGAAACCUGAGCCCUAGCGCUGGUUUUCUUUCUGUGGCUUACAAUCCCUCGGACGGGCGGCGUAGUUCUGCCUCGGUUGCAUAUAUCCAUCCCAUCCUCCAAGGUUCCGAGAAUCGCCCCAAUCUCACCAUUCUAACCAAUGCAUGGGUGAGCAAAGUCAAUGUGGAGCAUGGGCGUGCGAAUGGGGUCAAUGUGACCCUUCAGAAUGGGGAGAAGCAACGACUCUUUGCCCGGGCCGAGACAAUUUUGUGUGCCGGGGCUAUUGAUUCGCCUCGUCUUCUCCUUCAUUCUGGCCUUGGGCCGCGCCAGCAGCUUACCGAUCUUGGCAUCCCUGUGAUCUCUCAUUUGCCUGGCGUUGGAGAGAAUUUGAUGGAUCAUCCGGAAACAAUUAUAAUAUGGGAGUUGAAUCGUCCGGCACCCGAGGAAACGGUUAUGUCGUCUGAUGCCGCCGUCUUCCUCCGUCGCGAGCCUUAUAAUGCUGCAGGAGAUGAUAAAGAAGUCGUGGACAUGAUGUUCCACUGUUAUCAGAUUCCUUUCUGCCUACACACCGAACGACUCGGCUACGACAAGCCCACCGACGCCUUUUGUAUGAUUCCUAACGUGCCUCGAUCAAGGUCCCGGGGCCGUGUAUACUUGACAUCAGCAGAGCCGUCGGUUAAGCCUGCACUCGAUUUCCGCUACUUCACUGACCCCGAUGGCUAUGAUGAGGCCACCAUUGUUGAGUCUUUGAAGGUUAGCCGCGAGGUCGCAAAACAAGAACCAUUCAAGUCUUGGAUCAAACGGGAGGUGGCACCUGGUCCCAAGGUUCAAUCAGACGAAGACCUUUCCGAGUAUGGCCGUCGUGUGGCAAGUACUGUCUACCACCCUUGUGGAACUCUUCGUAUGGGCAACACGGAGAGAGACGAACUCGCUGUCGUUGGUCCGGAUCUUAGGCUGAAGGGCAUUGGUAGCAUUCGUGUCGCCGAUGCCAGCGUCUUCCCUGAGAUUCCUACCAUUAACCCCAUGGUUACCGUCUUAGGGGUUGGCGAGAGAUGUGCAGAGCUAGUGGCUCAGGCCUGGGGCUGGCGUGGCCUUGAGGGCCAGAAGCUCUAA